AUGUUGUUAAGCAGGAAGACCAGCUUCUUCCAGCAGCUGUUUCACCUUAGUGAUGUAAUCACUCGUUGCUUCAUCCUUGGAUUUUCCUUCAACUGCCUUCCAUGCAUCCCAUUUGGCUCUGUCCUUCUGGCUGAGAAUUCCAGGACGAGCGGUGGUAACAGGUCCAACAGUGGCUUGCUUGUACAAUCCAUAAAGGAUAAGCAAGUUUCAUUUGAUGGACUCUCUUUUAGAGUCUUGACUUUGGCAGCAUGCUCCUCAAAAUCCUCCGGCAAACCCAUGAUGUGUGUUUUGGUUGGGAGAUUGAAAGAGAGUGAAGUGAGAGAUAUGAAGUAUGGCGCGGAUUUGAGAAUGGCAGAAGAAUUGAAUGAAGAUGAUAGUGAUGAACCGCGAAGUUCGAAUGGUGAGACAAAGGCAACACAACGGUAUGAAGAUUUAUGCGAAAAACUGAAGAAACUCACAUGGUCGGAGCUAGUCCGACGGUACAAUUCCGGCGAAGUCAGUAUGCAGGUUAUGAAAACAGGUUAUGUGGUUUUGCAAUGGACUAUGGUUUUGAAUAGUUUUGAUGCAGGUUCUGUGGUUUUGCAAUGGACUAUGGUUUUUUUGAAUGGUUUUGCAGUGAUAUGGUUUAGCAAUAUGCUAUGGUUUUUUGAAUGGUUUUGCAGUGAUAGGCUUGUGUAG